GCGUCCUGUUCUCAUGACGACGCCUCUUUCCCACAGGCUGGCAAUGUGUAGCAGCAGCAGUCUGUAUAAUCGAAGUUAUCGGGGCCUGAGUGACAGAGAGUGUUGAGAAUCGAGAGUGUGUGGGUUAUGCCGGGAACACCAAGGCAACAAACAGCACAUGGAACAAGAGAACGACGGUAAACAUUUAACUAUUAUUGAUGAGAGCUACCACUCAUUAUUUGAGACGGGUGCCUUCCUAUUCAUUAGACCGCUGAUAUCGGCUGAGUACAAGGUAUUGGAAACAGAGCUUUAAAGAUUUCAACCUCUGACAACGAGACCGCCAUAUUGAAUCAUGGGAGACAACUCUACCCCUCAAACAAUCGAAGUGACGUUAGGCCAGGAAAACUCUGAGGGAGACAAAGAUUUCAACAGUAAGAGGAUGGAAGGACAAGGGGAAAACCAGGAGAGUGAUACCACGUCACAGACGGAACUGAAACCUGUCAAAACCAUAGCAUUUUGCAGAUUCAUUGUUAGAAGACACAAGCUUGCGUUUGGUCUGACUCUUGGUGGACAUAUAUUGCUGAUAGUGGUGUCUGCAAUUCUAGUCCAGAGCGGAUAUAACCUGUUCCCGCUGAGCUUUACCGGGGUCCCCCUAACGCUGACAGAAGAUGAGACCUACCUCCGGGGAGAAGCCUUUUUCAGGGCGGAUAGCAAUGCAAUAAUCCUACCAAAGAGUUUGGACGUGUUCUCUGCAGAAAGAACAGAGACAACGGAAACGCUGACGUUGUACUACGAAGGUAGUAACGUUUUCACUAAAGAGAAUCUCCAAGCAAUUGCAGUUUGGGAAAACGAGUUAGUCGGGGAACCAAAGUAUGGAAACUUCUGUAGAUUAAACGCAACGGGACAGUGUGUAAAGCCUUUCUCAAUUAUCAGGUUCUUUGAUGGAAGUUUAACAUCAAUAACACCAGAUGUAAAUUAUGACAAUAUUGUUGGAACACUGUCUGCCGCAAUGAACGAUCCGGCCACUGCCCAGCUGCUGCAGUAUCACCUGGGGAAAAAUGCCGAGAUAAAUGCAACUCUAAAUAGAACCUCCUCCCCAAUAACAAGGUCCAUCAUCUACCUUGGACACGCCAAUGAAGAUCAAAGACAGGACUUCUUGGUAGAAAACUUCCGCAGCAAGCUAAACAGCAAAACGGAGACGGGUGUCGGAGGAAUGGCAUUUAUCUUCACGUCAACAAGUCUUUUCACUUAUGACAUUCAGCGACAGGUGAUAUUCGAUUUGCUUCUCGCUGGAGGAAGCUUUGGAUUCAUAUUUAUCUUCAUGCUUAUCCAGACUCAGUCCUUGCUCAUCACAGGUUUAGCCCUAUUCAGUGUUUUAACGAGUUUUCUUGGAGCCAAUUUGAUCUACAGAAUAGUGCUGGAUUUUCAGUAUUUUGGUAUUUUCCAUGUCCUGUCUAUAUUCAUCAUCCUGGGUAUCGGUGCCGACGAUGUGUUUGUUUACUUUGAUACCUGGAGGGCCACGGCCCAUGAGAACCAUGAAUCCCUGGAGGAGCGUGUGUCCGCCUGCUACAGGCGAGCAUCCAAAGCCAUGUUCGUGACGUCACUAACCACCAUGAUAGCUUUCUUUGUAAAUGCCGUUUCUCCCCUGUUAGCUGUGUCUUCUUUUGGUCUUUUCUCCGGUAUCUUGGUCCUCGUCAACUACAUCUCCGUCAUCGUCUUCUUCCCAACUGUUGUUGUCAUGCACCACAAGCACUGGGAGAACUGGACGUGGCCGUGUUUCCGCUGUUGCAAGAAGAAAUCUCGGGAAAUCUCGCCAAGUCACGAUCUCAAAGACGGAAAACGGAAACACCCGAUCGUCCGUUUUUUUCGUGGCAUCUUUUUUUCCUUCGUUAGUCACAAAAUAAUCAAAUGGGUCCUCGUCUUACUGUGCUUAAUCGUACUGAGUGUGUUCAUCUACUUUGCGACGACUUUGAAGCCAGAGGAAGAAGCUAUCAAGAUUUACAAGGAUUCCCACAAUUACGGCAAGGCAAUUGAUCGCAACCUCAACUCGUUCAAACCUAGUGUCCAGGACAAAGUCAUAAAGAUUUACUUGGUAUGGGGUUUAAAGGGGCAAGACCGGGCGUCAUGCCACAAGACGGACUACGAAUGCACUGGGAAAACGGUGUGGGAUGAAGGAUUUGAUCUCAAUCCUAAACCAGCACAGAAUGCCCUCUUUGACCUGUGUGCCAGACUCCGCAACUUGAGCGACGCGGAGGUUGCCAGCUUGAAGAUACGUCUUGACAGCAUCAGCGGCUACCCCGACGUCGACUGCUUCAUCACGGACUUCAACACAGACAUGCCCACUUCCACCAGCAAUGUUACUGGCCUGCCCUUGUCGGAGAUCACGAUGUCGGCCUUCAUGGGGGGGAAUCCACAGUUGUAUGACGCAUCUCAGGACAUGACCAACUUCUACAGGUACUUCGAGACCGGUGUGUCGUUCUGGUUGAACAACGGUUACGAUGGCACGCUUUCCAAACGGUACGAAAAUUACGCUGACAACAUGGGUUUCUCCAGAGACGCCUCGGACACUAGACAGAUCAUCAACAAGACAGGUCUUCUGUACGGGACAAGACUGAGGUUUGCCGCUAUUGUUGUGUACACGACCCUACAGAACGGGAAAGUUGGCUACGUGGAAGGAAUCCCUGUUAUCGAUGCAUGGGAAAGUUUUACCAAUUCAGAGGUAUCGAAGCUCCCCCCAUCCCUGAGUGGAGGGUUUCAGUGCACACCCGAGGGGAACAACGCUUGGCACUGGCUUCGUGUGCAAAAGACCCUUGCUGACUCCGCUGUUAAGGGCAUCAUCAUCGGCAUCUGUCUGGCCUUCCCCAUCCUCACCUUCGCCACCGGGAACGUCGUCCUCGGCUUCCUCGCGACCGCCACCAUCACCUGUGUGACCGUCACCAUCGUCGGCAUCAUUCCAAUGGCGGGUUGGAAACUGGGGGUGUUGGAGUCCCUGAAUCUGUCGCUAGUCGUGGGACUUGCUGUGGACUACGUCGUCCACCUGGCGGAAGGAUAUCAUCUGUCACGCCACGAACACAGACAAGGGCGACUGCGCGACAUGCUAGAAACCGUAGGAAUAUCAGUACUGUCGGGAGCAUGCACUACUUUGGGAGCCUCCCUUUUCAUGUUAUUUGCCGUUAUUUUGUUCUUCAUGCAAUUUGGUAUUUUCAUGUUCUGCACCAUUGGCUUCUCUUUGUUCUAUUCGCUUAUUCUGUUCGCCCCACUGUUGGCCAUUUGUGGACCCCAGGGUAACUUUGGCUCACUUUCUCCCCUGUAUGCGUGGAUCAAGGACCGAUUUAGGGGCAAAAAGAAAACUGACAUCGACUGUAAUAAAUGCUCAGGUCAGGGUUUUCAUCCAUUGGAAGGAACAGAGAAAUUCUGAUCAGAUCAUGUGUUCAGUGGAAAUGAAUCACUUCGGGUUCAUUAAGAGUUAUUGAUGUUGGACAAAUGACAACAUUAUUAAAUAACCUGAUUGGGGCAAGAUAUAACGUUGAUAUUCCAUGAACGGAAAUAAGCUCAUCCAUUUUGUAAAAUGUCGGCGUGUCGAAAUGUCAAUCCUCUCGCUGGUUACCGGAGUGAUCCUUUGUUUAAAGACCUGGGUCAACUAGCAGUCCUGGCAGAAAUUGAUUCAAGCCGUUGAAACAGUAAACGAUUACGCAACUUACACAAACACGAUUUCACCAUUUCAUGCACAGGCAUGGGCAUCAGAUAACAUUUUAUCAGUGGAUGACACAAAUGAACCCGGUGAGAAAAAGGACGAAUGUUACAUUUUCCUGAUAAAUAUUAAUUAUCUUUAGUAUAUUAUCAAGGUGGUAUCCAGUCGCCCUAAGCACUAUUCACACGCAUACGGAAAAACUCAUUUCAACCUUUCCUCGUGUUAUCUUUCUAUGACGACACUGGGUGUUUGUGAAACGUGUGUAUGUCCUGUCCCAAGCGUGGAACCCAUCUUGGCUGAAACUGUGUCACUCAAUGCAUUUGCAGAUAUUUCUUAUAUGAGGCACCUACAAUGUUUUCUUACUGUACAGUAUUGACUGAUGGCGUUUCUAAUUUUACUACGUUCUACCCCCUGUGAGUUUAUUUAAGACAUGGUAACUGUGUGAUGCGUUGCUGUGUGGUUUUAUGCGCUGGGGGGUCAGUUUUAUGCUGGCGGUAAUGUAGCUUUUGUGUAUUUGACUUACAUGACUUAUGACUGUGUCGGUUAUUGAAAUAGGAUUGAAGAAAUAAUUCCUCGUUUAAAUGUUAUAAUUCAAACCGCCAUUAUAAGUACUGAGAUUAGAAGUGUAUAGUAGAGGAAACAAUAAACAAUGUUUCUUAGGUAAUGGCAGAUUGUAGGGUUACAUCCGUCCCCCAUACGACAGUAAUCAGCAAGACAUUUGAAUAUUUUGUUAAAGUACGCGAGUUUUGUGAACUUUUGAGUCGAUGUAUCUUUUAACCAAGUGGUUAAAAUGGCAUCACGUUCGUUGUCUAGGAUAUAUAUAUCUGCACGAAAUAUCAAUUUAAUACCAAUUGUUAAUAAAAGCCCUGUCACAAAUAAGAUAUAUCAGUAUCCUGUACUUACUCCAAAGUACUAACGCUAUCGGAUAUCCCCCAGAGUCAACAGUUUGAAGUCGGGGCAGCUAUUGUAUAGUGACGAACAAACAGAUGUUCCAUGUUUCAAAACAUUAUAUAACUUAUACUUGAUUGUUAAAACAACUCAUUCAAAACACAUAAGAGCAACUGAAAACCUGGGAAUUCAAUCAGAUUUCAUAAUUUAUAUUUUUGAUUGUUUAUUUUAUUAUAUUUCUACAUAGACGUAUCGGUUUGCCAAGUGUGUGUUGUAUAAUAUUGUGUAAUGACAUUUCGUUUGUUGGAUUGUUUUUAACGCCACAUAUCACUUGUAGUUCAGGUAUAUGACGAUGUCAUGUAGAUAAUCCAAAAUGGAACAGAAAAUCCAGUGACUGGUAUUGUAAGAUGAUUCCAGGUGAUAGUUGAUUGUGUUCUGACACCAUCUCAAUGUGCCGGUGUCAAGAGGCGAAAUGAUUAAAUUAUCCAAAUCUAUAAUGGAGAAACAGAUACACAAAUGUUAUUUCUAGUCCCUCAGAUAUUAUUUUACUUCCGUCCCUGAAACAUUUUACUAUUUUUAAAUUCCGAUAUAGUACCAGAACAAUAUUAUGGAUUUGAUAUAUGCUAAUGAUCUACGACCACUGGUCGCAGCUGCCACGUGUUUAUAUGGGUAAUAUAUGUACCAAAGAUUGAUUAUGUACUUUUAUGCCUCAGUGUUGGUGUGUUUUUAGGCCAGUUUAUUGAAGUCAGUCAAUAUGGAGUCAGUUUAGUGGAAUGUUUUAACGUAUAUAGCGUUAAUCACAUGAUGAUCCGUCCACCGCCCAGAAAGCUUUAUGACAGCGGGUUUAGUUAUGUGAUACAUGUCGCUGCAGUUAUUCGUUAUACUUUCCAGGGUAGAAACACUUCGUCGAAUAACUUCCCGUUAUCUGCUGAUUCCAUUUCACAGACUCCCAAUACAGUGAUUACUCACUACAAAUAGUAUAAAAGGUGUUAUGCUUGUCGUAAGAGGCGACUAACGGGAUCGGGUGAUCAGGCUCGCUGACUUGGUUGACACAUGUCAUCGGUUC